AUGAAUAUCACGCAUCCUCUUGGUAAUGAAGUCAGUACGGCUUCGUUUUCCUGUUAUACAUCCGAAGAAAUUAAGAAGUUAUCUGUCAAAGAAAUAGUUGAUCCUAUUAUAUUUGACGCAGUCGGUAUUCCUAACGAAGGAGGGCUAUACGAUCCCGCCUUAGGUCCUUUCACUCAAAGUGCCUUUUGUGGGACAUGUAAUCUUGAUUUCUAUCGUUGUCCUGGUCAUUUUGGACAUAUAGAAUUACCUGUGCCUGUAUAUAAUCCUUUGUUCUUUGUACAUAGUCUUGCACUUUUGCGAUCAAUAUGUCUCGAAUGCCAUAAUUUUAAACUUAAUUUAUCACAGACAUUCCAGUAUACUGCUAAAUUAAAACUAUUAAAACAUGGGUUGCUCUUGGAAUCACAAAUGGUAGAUGGAAUUGGUUUUAAUAAUUCUUUAUUUAAUGAUAACGAUAUUGAUUAUGAAAACAAUGGCGAUGACAAUUUCAAUAAUUCACCUGAUUCAGUAACGACCGAACAUGUUCGUGCGCUUGAUCAAUUUGUGAAAAUGAGCCUGAAAAAAGGAGACGGAAAGCAUAAGCUUACAGCCAUAAUUGCAGAAAGAAAAAAAAUCAUUUUGGAAUUUCUGCAUACUUGUUCCAAAAUCAAGCAAUGUGGACGUUGCGGCUCCUUUUCUGCAUCAUUUAAAAAGGAAGGAUAUUCCAAAAUUUUUCGAAAGCAAUUAUCUGUAAAGUAUCAAAAAUUACAGGGGGAUCAUUUUGUAAAAUCAAGGAAGAGAAAUUCACAUGCAGAAGAAGUUAUUUCGGAAAAAGAAAUUGAACACGAGCAACAAUAUAUACAUGAUGAAGUUAAUAAUAACACGUCUUCAAAAAUUGGAAAUGAAUUUAUUACCCCCGGAGCUUUGCGUGAUCAUUUUCUUAAGCUAUUUGUGAAUGAAUCCGAACUAUGUACAAUGUUAUAUUGCGCUCAGGGACUUUUAUCAGAUGUUAUGGGUUUUCGUCACAAAUCUCCAAAAACUGUCUGUGCGAAUAUGUUUUUUAUAGACGUUGUUGCAGUUCCUCCUACGCGGUUUCGACCUGCUAACAUUGUCCAUGAUAAGACAAUGGAAAAUCCACAAAAUGAACAUUUAAUAAGGAUAUUGAACGCACGUCAGGGAUUUCUCAAUUACGCUGCAAAGAUGAACGAAAGCAAAAGUCCCGAAAGUCAAGUUGCGGAAGCUCAUAAGGAGAUUUUAAAUAGCUUGAUGAAAGCUUGGAUAGAUUUACAGGAUGCUGUGAAUGGUAUGGUGGAUAAUACCAAAGGAAAUAUACCAACCGCAUAUGGCAAGCAAGCAGCUGCUGGAAUCAAGCAAAUCUUGGAAAAAAAAGAAGGAUUAUUCCGUAAACACUUAAUGGGUAAACGAGUUAAUUAUGCGGCACGUUCCGUCAUUUCUCCAGAUCCCUACGUUGAUACUGAUGAAAUAGGUGUUCCGUUAAGAUUUGCCAAAAAACUUACUUAUCCAGAACCAGUUACUGAAUAUAACCUUAGAGAAAUGACUAAUGCUGUUAUUAAUGGACCAGAUAUAUGGCCAGGUGCUACACAUGUCCAACACGAAGAUGGCACUUUAGUAAAUUUGGCUAGUUUACCUUUAGAAUCUCGUAUUGCUCUAAGCGAACAAUUGAUUCGGGAAGAUACUUUUAAAUCACCUUUUACUCAAUACCACAUUAAAGCACAAUGUUUGAAUAAAAAAGUAUUUCGCCAUCUUCGUAAUGGUGAUGCGUUGCUUUUGAAUCGUCAACCUACUCUUCACAAACCUUCUAUUAUGGCUCAUAAAGCUAGAAUUUUAAAGGGAGAAAUGACAAUCCGAAUGCACUAUGCAAAUUGUAAUUCUUAUAAUGCAGAUUUUGAUGGUGAUGAAAUGAAUAUGCAUUUUCCUCAGAAUGAAAUUGCUCGUGCUGAAGCUAUGAUCAUUGGUAAUACUAAUAAACAAUAUCUUGGACCUACUUCUGGUAAUCCCUUGAGAGGUUUGAUCCAAGAUCACGUGGUUACUGGUGUAUGGAUGACUUGCAAAGAUACGUUUUUUAUUAAAGGUGAUUAUCAGCAGAUUGUGUUUGCUGCGUUGAGACCCGAUCCCUGCGAUACAAGAAAAGUUUUGAUCGUUCCACCAGCUAUUUACAAACCGAAACCAUUAUGGACUGGCAAGCAAAUUAUAACGACAGUAUUAUUAAAUUUGACAAGAGGUCGUGCACCUCUUAAUUUGAAAUCGAAAAAUAAGAUUUCAGCUAAAUAUUGGGGAUGGAGUGCUGCUGAAGAAGAUACAGUUAUUUUCAUGGAUGGGGAACAUCUAACAGGCGUACUUGAUAAAUCACAAUUUGGUAAUACUUCUUUUGGUUUGAUUCAUUCUUGUUAUGAAUUAUAUUCUGCCGACAUUGCAGGGCAAUUUUUAAGUAUUUUGGGAAGAUUGUUUACGGCUUAUAUACAAAGAUGUGGUUUUUCUUGCCGUAUGGACGAUUUGCGUUUAACUCCUGAAGGAGAUUUAGAAAGGAAACUGUUAAUGGAAAAUAAUACAGACAUUGGAAAAUGGGCUGCAUUCGAAUACGUUGGAAUGAAACACGUUCUCGAUAAAUCAGAUUUACCAAAUGUUGAUAAAGAUUUUAAAAAUAUGAUGGAAGAAGUAUUGAGGGAUACUGAAAAACAUCAAGGAUUAGAUGCUGUCAUGAAAUCAAGAGUGAAUAGAUUGACAUCAUCAAUUAUUAGCACUUGUAUUCCGAGAGGAUUGUUAAAAGGCUUUCCAUAUAAUAAUAUGCAAACAAUGACGAUAUCUGGUGCAAAGGGAACAAACGUUAAUGUGUCUCAAAUUUCUUGCUGUUUAGGUCAGCAAGAAUUAGAAGGUCGUCGUGUACCAGUGAUGAUAAGUGGUAAAACUCUUCCGUCGUUUCGACCUUAUGAUCCUUCUGCACGUGCGGGAGGCUUUAUUGGUGGUCGUUUCUUGACCGGGAUUAAGCCUCAAGAAUAUUUUUUCCAUUGUAUGGCUGGUCGUGAAGGACUUAUAGAUACGGCUGUAAAGACAAGUCGUUCAGGAUAUCUUCAAAGAUGUCUAAUAAAGCAUCUAGAAGGAUUACGCGUUCACUAUGAUCAUACAGUUAGAGAUGUAGAUGGCUCGGUGAUUCAAUUCAAUUAUGGAGAAGAUUCACUUGAUGUUGUCAAGCAAAAGCAUCUUAAUAAAUUUCAAUUUAAUGCUGAAAAUCACAAAGCGUUAAUACAAAAGUAUGAUAUAAUCAAAGCACCUUUAUUAUUUGAUAUUUCAAAAGCUUCUCUUCAUGCAAAGAAAGCUGCUAAAAAACCUGAGAAAUACGAUCCAGUACUUUCAAUAUACUCUCCGAGCAGAUAUCUAGGUUCUGUUUCUGAGAGUUUUCAUAAUGCGUUGGAAAAGUAUGUGAAGGAGAACCCCGAUAAUCUGUUUGGUGAAUCCCUCAAAGAAAGUUCAUUGACUGGACCAGCAUUUACAAAACUCAUGCAUCUUAAAUAUUUGCAUAGUCUAGUUGAACCUGGCGAAGCAGUUGGAUUAUUAGCUGCUCAAGGUAUUGGAGAACCUUCAACCCAGAUGACUUUAAAUACUUUUCACUUUGCUGGUUUUGGCGCAAAAAAUGUUACACUUGGUAUCCCUCGUCUUCGCGAAAUUAUAAUGACAGCUUCUGCUAAUAUCAAAACGCCCAUGAUGACUCUUCCUUUACGAAGCCAUGUUUCUGAUGAAGAUGCCAAGAACUUCUGUCAAGAAAUUAAUAAAUUAACUCUUUCUGAAGUUAUAGAACAAAUGACAGUACGUGAACAAAUUAUACGAAAACAAGUUGAUUCUGGAUCAACCGAAACAAUACGUAAAAAAAUGUAUACAAUUCGUAUGGAAUUUUAUCCAAAACACGAAUAUAAAGAAGAAUUUAAUAUUUUUCCAUUUAAUAUUGAGGAUGCGAUUGAAUUAAAUUUUAUUAAAUAUCUUGAAUUUUCCAUAAAGAAAGAGGUUAAGCAUGCUAGUAAUAUAAACGACCAAGUUGAUGUUGAUUUUGAUUUUGGAAAGCCGCUCAGAAAAUCAAAGGAAUUAAGAAACGAAUCAUUUGAUGAAAGCGCACCUAUUCGAAACGCUGGCGGAGAUGAAUCAGAUGAUGGGGAUGGUGAUGCAACAAAUGCAAAGGUUCGUUUAAGAACUCGAGAACAUGCUACAUAUGAUGCACCUGAUGAGGAUGAUUUAGAGAUUAUCCGACAAACCCAAAGGGCUAUUCCCGAUGAAGAGGAUUUUGAAAUGACAUAUGAAGAUGAGCAUCCUAAUGGAUUAAGUGAAGAGCAUGAGCAUGAUAUAAGCACGACAAGCACAUCUUCACGUCGACAGAGAAAUAAUAGAAUUGUAAAUGGAUUAAAGGAUAGAAGUGACAGAAUUAUAUUGGGUUCAACUUAUGUCACUAAUUAUCGCUUUGAUUAUGAAAAUGGCAGCUGGUGUGAAAUUGAAUUACAGUUCCCCCCUGGAACGAAAAAAUUAUUAUUAUUAGGUAUAGCGCAAUCUGCAAGCAAAAAAGCAGUUAUACAUGAAAUUCAUGGUAUUUCAAAAUGUUAUCCUAUUGAAAACGAAUCUCAUGAUGAUGCUUCAAAAAUCGUUGCAACGGAGGGUGUUAAUUUCUAUAGUAUUUGGAAAUAUGACAAUAUAAUAGAUUUAAAUAACAUUUAUUCCAAUGAUAUAGCUGCUAUUCUUAAUACUUAUGGCGUUGAGGCAGCAAGGGCAGCUAUUCUAAAGGAGAUUUCGGGUGUUUUUGCAGUAUACGGUAUUGAUGUAAACACCAGACAUUUGACUUUAGUUGCUGAUUAUAUGACUUUUGAAGGAAAGUACAAACCAUUUAAUAGAAUUGGUUUAGAUACAAGCACAUCUCCUUUAUUAAAAAUGAGUUUUGAAAGUACAUGUUCUUUUUUAACACAAGCUACUCUUCAUGGAGAUACUGAUUUAUUGGAUUCUCCAUCAGCAAGAAUAGUAUUAGGUAAAGUUAUUCAAGGUGGAACUGGAUCUUUUGAAGUUAGAGUUCCAUUUGAACCAGCUUUAAAAUAUCUUAAAACUUGA